AUGAAGCACCACCGUGUCUCCGCCUUGGUUCUUUUAAGCCUAUGCUUCCUUCUUGCGCAAGGACAGUCUAAGCAAAGCAGCGCCCACCUCGACACACAUUGGCACCCGGGAACCGCUACCUGGUACGGCGAGGCCGAGGGAGACGGUAGCACAGGAGGGGCGUGUGGGUACGGUAAUUUGGUGGACGUGAAGCCGUUAAGGGCAAGAGUAGGGGCAGUGGGGCCAGUACUGUAUAAGCAAGGAGAAGGGUGCGGGGAGUGUUAUAAGGUGAAGUGUUUGGACCAUAGAAUAUGCUCCAAGCGGGCAGUGACGGUUAUCAUAACAGAUGAAUGCCCCGGCUGCCCGUCUGACAGAACACAUUUUGACCUCAGUGGUGCUGCUUUUGGUCGCAUGGCUGUUUCUGGUGAGAACGGUCAUCUCAGAAAUAGAGGUGAAAUUCCAGUUGUUUACCGAAGAACAACGUGCUUAUACACUGGCAAAAAUAUUGCCUUCCAAGUAAAUGAAGGCUCCACGCCAUUUUGGUUGUCACUUCUAGUGGAGUUUGAGGAUGGAGAUGGGGACAUAGGCUCCAUGCUUAUACAAGAAGCUGGGUCUACUGAGUGGCUGCAAAUGAAACAUCUAUGGGGUGCAAAUUGGUGCAUUACUGCAGGACCUUUGAGAGGACCUUUUUCUGUUAAACUAAGCACUUCCGGUGGGAGAAGCCUCACUGCUAAGGAUGUUAUUCCAACUAAUUGGUCUCCGAAAUCGACUUAUACUUCUCGCUUAAAUUUCUCUCCUUAA